AAGCCGGAAGAGACAGUCGCCUGCGUCGCUUCUACGUAGACAUGACGCGCGAUGACAUCACGACGUUCGGAGCGUAAACAAAACCAUGUCGCCAGAGAGAGACUAAAGGAAGAGAAAUGAACGGCCAAGCAGACGUCGAAGUCGACUACAAGCGAAAAUACAAGAACCUCAAACGAAAGUUGAAAUUUUUGGUUUAUGAGCACGAAUGCUUCCAAGAGGAGUUGAGGAGGGCACAGAGAAAACUGCUCAAAGUGUCCCGGGACAAAAGCUUCCUUCUGGACCGACUGCUUCCCUAUGAGAGGGUGGAUGACGAUUCCUCAGAUUCCGACGCGACUGUGUCCUCGGACUACAGCGAGGGAGAAGUACUCCGGGAGAGGGAACGAGAACGGGAUGGAGCCAAGAAGCGAAGAAGUAGCCCGGGCACGUGUCUACCGUCAUCCCCCUCGCCUCACCUCUCCCUACUAUCUCGUCCGGGUGUACACGCGUUGCAGUCCUCCGGUUCCGGAGCUUACCUCAACACUAUGCCCUUCCCACCAGAGUAUUUGGCUCCCCCUGCUGAUCGAGUGAAGAAAGAGCGGAAAACAAAGGCGCCCAAAAACAAGAGAGAUCCGGCCGGGAAGGUGGUGGCGCCCAUGACCGCCAAUUACCCAUCGGGCCCGGCUGCGGCUUCGACGACCAGUGGCCCCUUCAGCUGGGUCCCCCGACAGAUGCUCAGCGGGGAUGCCGCCGAGGAUGAUGGCGAGAGCGACAUCGACAGCGAGCGAGGAGACGAUGACCGAGGCGAGGGUGACGAGGCCGAGCUGGUCAUUGACAUCCCUAAUGAGUGAGCUUGUCUGCGUGCGUGGACGUGCGUGUGUUUACAUGAAUACAGUCAUCCCCAGCUAUUUGCGGGAUGAGGAUCGAGCACCACCGUCAUUAAUGAGGAAUUGAACAUUUUCCGUUCCAACGAGGCUAAACUUAGCUCCUGCGGGUACAUUAGUGGCUAUAUCAAUUAAUCAAUCAUUGUUUGAACACAAAUAUUGGAGUGACAAAUAAUAUUUAAAAAAAUACUCAGGCAUACAUUAUUUAUCCUCCGCAAAAAAUGACAAAUUUUACUCGUUACUGUGGAAUGACCAUCUCCCAUGUGUGGAAUUCUGUGUUAUACCGCCCCCUGGUGGCCCCUAAUGCACGCAAUAGAAGGAGCAGCAAAUAAUGUUUAAUUCUUGACAUUCCAUUUAAUUGUCAUUGCUUUUUCUGUAAAGUUCUUUCUGAUAGUGUUGCUUUUCUUGUUAAGAAUGUUUUUAUUUUUUGUGAAUAGUUCACCAGAAAUGUGCAUGGGAUUAUUUUAUGUUACGUGAGAUUUACCCCACUAAUUUCGUGAACUAGUCCAUGCUUGUACCAAACGGUCCUUUCCACAGUUUAGUUUCAAGGACUCCCCCGUGUGGACUGUCUUCAAACUGCACCAUCACUUUGCAAACAACCUCCCAUGUAAAGAAAUAAGGCUGUCAAGCUUUAUUAGGAUGUUGUAGGUGUGCCAAAAACUUUUAAAGGGAGCGAAGAAAAAGAAAAGUGACUUUGAUCGCAUUGGUUACAACAUUUCAAACAUGGUUUAAUAAAUCACCUUUGGGCCUCGUUUAAAUUGA